UCUUUUACAUUCAGAUCAAUCUACGGAGUUUUCCACAGCAAGCAGACCGUGAAGGGAAUCACACUCUAUCGUUUCACAGUUCCUCGUGAAGCAUUUGCAUCCCCUACGGAAGUUGCAGACAACUAUUGUUUCUGUAAAGAUAAAGAGAUAUCACAGAACUGCACAUUAGCUGGAGUCCUAGACAUUAGUUCCUGCAAAGCAGGAAAACCGGUAUUUAUCUCUCUUCCGCAUUUUCUUCAUGCAAGUGAUGUUAUAUUGCAUGAUGUUGAAGGCCUGAGCCCCAAUGAAGAGGAGCAUGAGACAUAUCUAGAUAUAGAGCCUAUUACUGGUUUUACGCUACAGUUUGCAAAAAGGCUACAAGUAAACCUCCUCGUGCAGCCUACAUCAAGAAUUGCAGCUUUAUCAAAGGUUAAAAAACCUUAUGUUUUUCCUCUUCUUUGGCUAAACGAGACUGCUGUUAUUGGGGACGCAAAAGCAGAAAUGUUCAGAAAUAAAGUCACCAGUCGGGUCCAGAUGCUGAGUAUGCUGCAGAUGGUGUUAAUUAUCUCAGGUUCUGUGCUGUUCCUCGCAUUCAUGGGUUCCUAUUUCAUAUGCAGAUCGAAGAAACUAAAAUAAGUAACAAAAUACUUCUGAGGUAGUCAAUGUGUAAUGGAAAUUUCAGCCAAGCAGCACGUUAAAAUUCAGAGACAAAAGGUAUGAUUCAAGGCACAGUGAGUUCACCUGCUAUGGAAAUCAACAUGCUUUUCCAUUUUGAGAAGACCAGCUCACCAACCCAAAUGAGCUGAUGUUUCCAAAGGUCCAGACUUCUGACAUCACUAGAAAGGUCAUCACUGAAACUAUGCUUUGAAAUAACCAAUUAUUUGAACCUUGUUACAAAUUUUAAAUGACAUUCAAGCAGACUGAAGUUGAGGCGCAGUUGGACUUUAGUCCGCCAUCUGCCAUUUACGCAGCUUGCUACUUUUUUCUUCUGGGAUUUGCAAGACAAAUGAAAGCUGUUUGCUGAUAUUCUGUCUCUGAGUACAGACUGGGAAUGACACCACCUUCGAGCUCAUGCUGUGCUCUAGAAGCUCUCACUGCAACGUUUCUUUCUGUUCCUUCAGGGAAUGGAAGCUGCUGCAAUACAAUUGGUUUCUGUCCUCUAUUUAGGGGUGUAAAUUGUGUUGAAUGUGAAGUUUAUUAUGUAAAGUUACUAACUGUCAUACAUGAAGUUAAUAAAAGACUUA